UCUGCACGUGUUGGCUGUAAAAGCUAUCUGAGAAAUCGAUUAAAAACUUGAUCAGGCUGUGCCAGGCUGUUUGCUGUUGUGCUUAUACCUAAGCAAUUAAGGGUAGUAUAAAUGUGCAAUAUAAGAUGCAGGCAGACUUUGAUUCCAGUGUAAAUGUGUGAUGAUUAAAACUGGAAAACAACAUUUAUAGAGUAGUUCCUGCAGCAGUUUGAAAUGCCCAUUGUUUAAGAAUGGAAAAAUCCACAAAUGAAGAAUAACUCCUCAGUCCCUGAACAGAAUAUUUGAAUUUGAUCCUCACUUUGAAUGUGUGGCAAUAGUUCAUGUUUUCUGGUACUUGCUCUUUUUUUCUCCUUUCAUUUUACAGCAGCUGAUACGUUUUUUAGCAUUAUGGUGACACCUAGCAAGAAAAAAAACUUGGACUUCUCUGCUAGAUAUAAGUAUCCAUCAGGUUUUUUUUCUGCGCUUACUUUAUGGUCUCCUAUUUGGAAGCAUAUAUUCUAUUUUCCUUGUUUUCUUCUGACCUUCAAGGGAAGGUUGUUUCGGGCUUUUACAGGAAAGUGCGAGAUCAGCACUGUUGUUUUUCUGUCUUGGUAGCUGAUGUUAUGUCAGCUAUCCUCAGUGCUUGUGAUAAGAUGGGAGCAGGGACUGCAGCCAAGUACCUUACCCUUGAAUAAUACUCCCUUUGCAAAGGUCUCACUCAAAUUCCCUUUGCACAGAGGUGCCAAACUCUUGCCAGUCACAUCAGCCUGGGGCUGUGCAUGCCUCCUGCAAGGCAAGCCCCUGAGCUUGCUUUUCAGGCCCGAAGGUUUGGUUAUUUUCCCCCCAAAACUCAGUUCCUUCCUUGGUACAGAUUGGGAACAACACUGAUUUGCUAUUAAAAGGUACUCACUUUCAUUAGCACAACAAACUACUGAUAGUGGUUCCUCCAACAGCCUGUGUGUGGGACAUCUCAAGGAAUGGGAAAGCACUACUAUUCUGUGAUAAGUACCCUAUAUUUAUUUAGCUUUCUUAUUUUUCUGGCAUGGAAAGAUGGAGAAGGACUUGUGCCCAUGUCAAACCAAAGCUGGCUUUUCGGGUCAGCAUUUCUUAUACUGAAGCUUUUGGGCUGGACAUUUUGAGGAGAGAGAUUAUCUUCCUGGUAUGUUCUGUGAUUGUCACAACUCUAAAUGGUUGGUCAGGAGCCUGCUGCAAGCUGCAGCUCCAGCCUCUGCACUGCAAGAGAUGUUCGCUGAGUUUCCUUCACUAGCGGGUAUAUAACUUACACUGUUGCCUAAUAUUCAAUGUAUUUACGUGAGUACUUAACAUGUUUGCAUUUUUAUUUGCAUGUCUUCAGAAAAAAGGCCUGUGUUACCAACUUUAAUUCCUUAAGGUUAACUUCUGACAUGUUACAGAAGCAUUUAUCCUGUGAUGGAGAAGCAUUAUAACCAUAGGUGACUAAGUGUAACCUGAGGAACUUCAGAUAUUGGUGGAGCUGGGAUUUCUGGCUACGUGCUCUUUCUGCAUCAGAGCUGCUUAUGGUGUGUAUAGAAACAAAAUCGAUGUUGUUAAUAAACAAGUUCUGUGGAGUUUUUUUGUUCUGUAGAAGUUACUCAGGAACAAACAGCAAUACCUUUCAUGCUCCUUCUGGCAUUGACAAAGUGGCAGAGGAUUGAAGUAGUCAUGACACAUGGUCUCUGUGACAGCAGAGCAUCCUUGUAGUUAUAAGAAUAGGCCAUUGGGUCAAAUUUGCGCAGCUUCUGGGCUGCAUUACAUCAUUUGCCAAACAGAAGUGUGUCUUUUGUGGUCAUACAGAACCUGUCAUGUUGACAGAAUAUAUGUUUAUAAAUAUUAAUUUGAUGAUGUUUAUUGUGUCCUUCAGAAAGCCUGACAAAAUACUGUGUGCACUCUCUUUAAAGUAGAAUGGGUAGUAGGAGCUGCUUAAAUGUUGCUGGCUGGUUUCCAUGGUGACGAGAACUCCCCAGCUGCUGUUAGAGACAAGGGGAGUGUGCAGGAGGAGAGGUCCUGCAGAGCAGCUGCUCUUUCCCGUUGAACUCGUGAGAGAUUUCUGCUGUUCUGAAACAUCUGAGCCUGAGCCUUCAGCCAGCUGCUGCAUUGCACAAAUGGCCUGAAGUCACUUUGAAAGGUGUUCCUAGUGUGCAGCCAUGACUACCUUUACAUGCUAUGCUUACCAGGAUCCUUGUAACAAAAGUGGUACCCUUCACUAAGGACUUUAGAAAGCCAAAAUAACUUUGGUGCAAAACCUUCCAGGAUGUCUAAAGCUGCACUGCCCUCCAGGAGGCAUGGCAGUCAGCAGAAAAGCAGGAAGGCCCCUCAUGCUGCAGAAAAGGCUGUGGAAAUUGCACCUGGCUACAAGUUCAUACGGGCUAAAGACCAUCUCUCUGUAGUCCUAGAGGAUAAAUUUUUUGACAGAUUAUUAUCAUCUGUGGAUGAACAAGUUUCACCUGUCACUCCCUGUGCCCCAGAAAAGAAUGAAACCUCACUUCAAGAAGCUCAUAGGUUAGAAGUUGCUGGCUUGCAAGAACAUUUCCAGAAGUUACUGGAGCUUGAGAGAGCAGCUGCAGAAGAAAAACUGGAGGGACUGCAGAAAGAAUACAGGCAUCUGAAGAAUGCAUUCCAAGUCUACCAGAACAGCAUUGCUGAUGAGAUGGAGGAGAAGUGGCUUAGAAGAGAAGCAGACUGGAGGAUAAGUGAGAAGGUUGACUGGGAGAGAGCAAUGUUACAGCAAAAGCAGAUGCUGACAAAUAAAUUUGAGAAGGAACUUCAGGAAUUAUCAAAGCUUCUUCAGGAUAGAAACUCUACAAUGGAGAAAUGCUUCCAGCAAGAGAAAGAGGUAUUUAUGAAACAGCAUGAAGAAGACUUGCAGAAAAUAGCAGAGUUGCAGAAGUGCAGAGAGGCAAGUUUGGUUGUGGAAGCGGAGAGAAAAUGUCUGUAG